AUGAAAACUCCUAUUACACUUAUGAUAAAGUUGAAAACUUGGACAAAUGUGACAAACAAUCUGAAUUAUAAAACUAAUCCAAUCUCUUUUAAAAAGAUGAGCGGAGAGCAACCUGCAAGUCCGAAUGAAUGCUUGAAGAUACCUGCCUGGAUAACAGAGGAAUAUUUUAUAGACAUUCUAGAGAAAGAUGUACCUGACUUUGAAAGUAUUAGGCAAUUUACGCCUAUAGCGGCCACAGCGCCGGGUGAAAACUAUACUUCUAUAAUGGUUCGUGUAAUCAUCGAUGUGGAGAUUAAAGAUAAGCAAAUGCAACGAGUCUCUUAUAUUGUGAAAACCGAUUUAGAGACGAGCGAGGCCAGAGCUGUGAUAAAUUCGAUGAAUUUUUUUCCGAAAGAGAGACGAAUGUACGCUUCUUAUCUGCCAAAGUUUGAGCAACUUUAUCGCGAUAUUGUCGGGCUGGAAGUGCAAUUUGCUCCGCGAUGUAUGCGUAUAGAAGAGACUCCGGAACGUAUCACUUUAGUUAUGGAGGAUUUAAAAUGUAAAAAUUUCAAAAAUAUCGAUCGUUUAAACGGUUUCGAUAUGUCACACGUAACAGCUGUUUUAAGAAAACUGGCGGAAUUUCAUGCUGCUUCAGCGGUUUAUGAAGACCGUAACGGUCCUUAUGAAUCUUUGUACUACGAUAGCUUCUUUAAUGAAACGAAUCGUUCAAAAUUCAAUGAAAUGUAUUCAUUACGUAAAGAUAUAUUUAGAAAAGCUAUGCUUGAAUGGGAUCUGGAAGAUGUGGAGAAAUAUUUAUCAAAGUUUCCCGAGGCUGACGAAUUCUAUGAAGAAAAUGUACGUAUAAAUCAGGUCGAUCCUUCCGAAUUCAAUGUCCUUAAUCAUGGCGAUUGCUGGUCAAACAAUAUUAUGUUCACUUAUAAUCAAAAUAAUGACAUUGAAGAAGUAAUUUUUGUUGAUUUUCAAAUCAGUAAAUGGGGAUCACCCGCCCAAGAUCUAUGGUAUUUGAUAACAAAUUCGGUUGCUUUAGAUAUAAAAGUCAAAGAAUUCGAUCAUAUCAUACAAAUCUAUCAUCAACAUUUACUUAAAUGCUUACAACUCCUGAAGUAUGCGAAAAAAAUGCCGACAUUAAAAGAAUUGCAUAUAACAAUGUUGAAGUACGGAUAUUGGGGAGUAUUCACCGCUAAUAUUAUAACUCCUGCUGUAUUAUUGCCUUCCGACAAGGACGCCAAUAUGGAUAGUAUGUUAAAACCUGGUCCCGAGGGUGAUCAAUUUCGUUUCAAGGCAUUUACAAGCCCAUUCUACAAACAAGCCAUGCGUCAACUCUAUCCAUUCCUCUACAAUAAAGGAAUCUUUGAUAUAACUCGAAUAGUGAUGGCGACGGCUAAGACAACUAAUAUAGAAAAUCCUAAUGAAAAUCUGCGAAUACCUGCGUGGAUAACAAAAGAAUAUUUUAAGGAAAUAUUGGCCACUGAUGAACCGGACGCCCUGUAUGUUAAACAUUUCACGCCUACAGCGGCUAUACCGCCAGGAGAAAAUUUCACUUCUAUAAUGCUGCGAAUACAUGUCGAUUUAGAAAUGAAAGAUGGUUGCGUUAAACACAAAUCGUAUAUAAUGAAGACAAUGUUGGACGAUGAUGAGAGCGAUGAUGUCAUUAAUAAACUAUCUUUAUUCCCCAAAGAAAUGAUCGUAUAUCGAGAGUAUAUACCAGCGUUUGAAAAUUUUUAUAAAAACAUUGGUUGGCCUAUAAAAUUAGCACCGAAAUGCUUGCUCGCUGAGCAUAAAAACGGACGCAUUAAUUUCGUUUUCGAGGAUUUACAAGAACAACAUUUUAAAAAUCCUAAACGUUUGCAAGGUUGUAGUAUGCAAUUGAUGGUUGCUUCCCUUCGCAAAUUGGCUGAAUAUCAUGCGGUCAGUGCUGUUUAUGCUGAAAAAAACGGACCAUUCCCGACGGACUUUCAAUAUGGAUUCUUUAAUAAAGAUCUAGACAUGGAAAUAAUGCGAAACGCUUAUGAAAUGAAAAUCAAAGAAUACAAAUUGGCCAUGAAACAAUGGCAACUAGAUAAUGUUGAAGAAUACAUAAGAAAGAUCCCGACGUUUGAACAGUACUGGAAAUGUGGUCUAAGUACUUUGCAACAAAAGGAAAAUUCUUUUAAUGUUUUAACUCAUGGCGAUUUUUGGAGCAGCAACAUCAUGUUCUCUGAGGAUCCCAUAGGAUCCCAUAUAAACAAUAUAAUCAUUGUGGACUUUCAAAUCUGUAAAUGGGGUAGUCCGGCUGAGGAUUUGUUAUUCUUUCUCACCAUUUCACCCGAGAAGGAUAUACGUAUAAGAGAAUUUGAUAAUUUCAUUGCUAUUUAUUACAAACGUUUAAUGGAAUGCUUGAAAGCUUUAAAUUAUCAGAAACCCUACCCUAAACUGAGAGAUCUUCAUAAAGAUAUUUUAGAUCAAAGGCAUUCAUUUUAUGCUUUCUUUGCGGUUUUUAAUCACUUGCCCGCUAUUCUGAUGCCAACCGAUAAGGAUUCAAAUAUACACAACUUUUCUCGCAAUGACGAAUAUGGUAAAAAGUUACGUCUAAAAAUGUACACUAAUCCCCGCUACGUGCAAGUUGCGAAAGAUCUAUUUCCGUUUUUUCACACACGUGGCAUAUUUAAUUUUGAAGAUUAUGAUGAAUAAGAACAGAUUCGUCUAA